AUGGCUUUCAUUCAUCUCCUCUGCCUUACUGUUCUCCUUUCCAAUGUCGGUUCUCUCAUGCUGACGGCCGCGGCUCAAUCAGCAGGUGGCGACCUGCGGACCUAUGUUGUCGAAGUGACUUCCCCCGACGGCCAGGACUCUCCUGAAGCGGACAACCUGGAGUCCUGGUACCACUCGUUCUUGCCAAACUCUGCUGCCUCAGAGAAACAGAGCCGAGUGAUCUACUGUUACCAAAACGUGAUGACUGGCUUCGCCGCGAGGCUGACUGCGGACGAAGUCACUGCGAUGCAAGACAAGCCGGGAUUCGUGGUGGCUCACCCAGAACAAAUAUAUCGCCUCCAAACAACGCGCAGCCCCCGGUUCUUGGGCUUACCCCUGCGUCAAGGAUCUUUCAAUGGUUCAACCACGGGAAAGGGUGUCAUUAUUGGCGUGAUGGAUACGGGAGUAGCCCCUGACCACCCUUCCUUCAUGGGGGCUGGAAUGCCACCACCGCCGGCCAAAUGGAAGGGGCGGUGCGAUUUUGAGCCUUCCCAAUGUAAUAACAAGUUGAUCGGUGCCAGGACCUUCAACAGUUCGGCUAAGGGAAAUGUGACCGCGCCACCUACCGAUGACGUCGGGCAUGGCACUCACACGGCAAGCACUGCAGCUGGUGCUUCUGUGGAGCAAGCCAAUACGCUUGGGAUGGCAGGAGGCAGAGCUGUUGGCAUGGCUCCACACGCACACCUGGCGAUUUACAAAGUAUGCUUCGCAGGUUAUUGCUCUUUGGCCGACAUACUGGCUGGACUUGAUGCUGCCAUCAGUGAUGGUGUUGAUGUGAUCUCGAUGUCGCUUGGCCAUCCCUCCCCUCCAUUCUAUAUGGAUGGCAUCGCCGUAGCCACUUUUGCAGCCACACAGAGGGGGAUCUUUGUCAGCUGCUCUGCCGGGAACUUGGGCCCCAACUCAGGCUCAUUAUCCAACGUGGCUCCGUGGAUGCUCACAGUCGGAGCGAGCACCAUUGAUAGGAAAAUUGUCUCCAACGUAAAACUCGGGAACGGAGAGGAAUAUGAAGGUGAAACGGUAUAUCAACCCUCCUCCCCGUCAACUUUAUUGCCUCUAGUGUAUCCUGGGGUCGACGGGACAGCAGAAUCCAAAUUUUGUGUAAUGGGGGCAUUGAGAAGCAGCCAAGUGAAAGGGAAGGUUGUCUUGUGUGAACUAAGAGGGGACCGGUUUGAACAAGCAAUCGAGGUGAAAAAUGCUGGGGGUGCCGCUAUGAUUUUGAUGAACCCAGAAACCUAUGGAUUCACUACCUUGGCCGAUGUUUAUGUCCUUCCCGUGUCUCACGUCAGCUACUUGGCAGGUGAGCAGAUCAAGGCCUAUGUUUUUUCAACCAAAACUCCUACGGCUAGGAUCGUGUUCAAAGGAACUGCGUAUGGAAACCCGACUGCUCCUGCGCUUGCUGCCUUCUCUUCGAGAGGCCCCAACUUGGUGAGCCCUGGGAUUCUGAAGCCGGACAUAAUUGGUCCUGGUUUGAACAUAUUAGCAGCAUGGCCAUUUCCCGUCAGAAAUGAUACAAAAGCCAAGUGUUAUUUCGACAUCCUAGCUGGCACCUCCAUGUCUUGCCCUCACCUCAGUGGCAUCGCAGCUUUGAUAAAGGGUGUCCAUCCAGACUGGUCUCCAGCAGCGAUCAAAUCCGCCAUCAUGACUUCGGGUAAACAGGUGAACAUCGCACAAUUCCCAAUCCUGGACGAGAAGCUGCAACCUGCAGAUGUCUUUGCCAUCGGAGCAGGCCAUGUCGAUCCCGUAAAGGCCGUUGACCCUGGAUUGAUUUAUGACAUUCAACCCGACGAUUAUAUCCCUUAUCUAUGUGGUCUGGGAUACACUGACAAGCAGGUGGCUACAAUUGUUCACAAAUCAGUCAAAUGCUCGUCUAGCAUACCUGAGGGAGAGCUGAACUACCCUUCGUUUUCGGUUACCCUUGGACCUCCACAGACAUUUACCAGGACCGUGACUAAUGUUGGCACGGGAAAUUCAUCUUAUGUUGUCAUGGUUGCUCCCCCACAAGGCGUGCGUAUCAGCGUGGAGCCCGCCAAACUCAAAUUCUCGAAGUUGAACCAGAAAGCGACAUAUCUAGUCACAUUCAGCCGCACAACUUUCACUGGCGAGACCGGGAAUUACUCCCAAGGACACUUGAGGUGGGAUUCCGAGAAGUACUCUGUCAGGAGCCCAGUCUCGAUUAAGUUCGACUGA